CCAUGUGUGGAUUUCUACUCUCCAAAAUCACGCCACAAGCUGCUGGAAACAGUGAUGGAGAAAGACUGCUGGCUGCUUUCCUGCGCGCGAAAAAGUAAGGUUUGGUUACCUUCCCUUGUCUGGAAAAGUCCUCUUAAAUGUUAUCGAGGAGUGUGAUUUGGCGAGGAAAUGUGGUGCCUGACUUCGAAUCUGAAACAAGUGGGCUUAUCUCAAAGCCAUGAGUAAAGGAGGUAUGGGUCGCAAAGAUGUGCUACGCCAAACGCUCGUCCUGUCCCUCCUUUGCGCCCAGACCCUGGGACAGGUGUUCAACCUGACGCUCUCCGUGAAGGAGGGCCUGCCCGCUCGAACUAUUGUUGGGGAUCUGGGAGCGGGGUUAAGCAGGCCAAGCACCGGAUUCUUCAUCUCAGAGAGCAGAGACUCUUACGUGUUCAGAGAUUUGGAGAUAGAUGCAGACACGGGGAUCAUCUCUACAGCCGUGGUCCUGGACAGAGAGAGCAGAGAUAGGUACGAGUUUGUGGCAGCCACUCUUACAGGAGAGAUGAUAAAAGUGAGAAUCGAGGUGAAAGAUGUGAAUGACCACUCACCUGUAUUUGCCUCCGAGGAUGUUUACUUGGAAAUAUCAGAGCUGAGCCCUCUAGGGAGUCGAUUUCAGCUGGAUGGUGCCAAAGAUGAGGACGAGGGGGAGCUUGGUACCCAGGGAUACAGGAUCGUGGAGAGCGAGAUGGGGGAGUUGUUCCAAUUGGAGUAUCGCUAUGGAUCUGAAAGCCUGGAUCUCAUCCUCUCAAGGAAACUAGACAGAGAAACAAAAGACUCAUACACACUCGUCCUUGAGGCUUUCGAUGGCGGCAUCCCAGCCAGGACGGGGGUUCUCCAGGUAAACAUCAAAGUUCUGGAUGAGAACGACAACCCUCCUGUGUUCAACCAGACUGAAUAUCACGCCUCUCUUCCUGAAAAUGCUCCAGUGAUGUCUGCAGUGUGUCAGGUUCAAGCCACCGACCUCGAUCUGGGCGAGAACUCAAGGAUAACUUACGAGAUCAACAGGCGACAGAGUGACCCUAAUGAGGUGUUCUCCAUCAACGCAACCAGCGGGUUGGUGUAUCUGAACAAGCCGCUCGAUUACGAGACCCAUUCGUUCCAUGAGUUGAUCAUCAGCGCGAAAGACAACGGGGCUCAGCCUGAGUACAGCAGCACUUUUGUGGGGGUGAAGGUGCUUAACAUCAAUGAUAACAGCCCAAUCAUCAACGUGCUGUUUCUCAGUGAGACAGGGGAGUCUGUGGUGUCAGAGGCAGCAGCGAUUGGGGACUAUGUGGCUCGGAUUUCUGUGUCAGACCCAGACUUUGAGGAGGAGAAGGUCAUUGUGACUCUGGAGGGAGGUGAUGGGAAGUUUACCUUGAAGCAGACAGAUGAUUUUCUCUACGCUUUGUGUGUCACCGCAGAGCUGGACAGGGAAGAGAAGGAACUGUAUGAGCUCAAGGUGCACGCAUCAGAUGUUGGGAGUCCAUCUCUAAGCAGCGAGAUGGUCUUUCUCCUAAAGGUGGUCGACACCAACGACUGCCAUCCAGAUUUCGAUAAGAAUGUUUACACUGUCCGUAUCCCAGAGGACGCUUCUCUGGGGAGCUCGAUCAUCCAGAUGCAGGCCAGAGAUGCAGACGAGGGCCUCAACGCAGAGGUCAGAUACUCCAUUCUCAAGUCCAGCCAGGACCGCCUGAUCAGCAUCGACCCCGAGUCGGGCCUUGUUACGACAGCUGCGGCUCUAGACAGAGAGACACAGGCAGAGAUAUGGUUCCUAGUGGUGGCGGUUGAUGGAGGGGAGCCGGCGCUGUCUUCUACGACCACAGUUACAGUGCAGGUGGAGGACGUCAAUGACAACGAGCCAGUGUUCCAGCAGCAGCUGUACAACGUUUCCAUUCCAGAGCACAGCGACAUUGGGAGCUGCUUUCUACAAGUUGUUGCCACAGAUGCAGACAGUCGUGAGUUCGGCUCGCUGCUUUACUCUCUGUCUGAUGGCUUUGACAAGCAGGACAAACAUCCUCUCUUCAAAAUCCACCAAGACACCGGAGAGCUGUGUGUGUCCCAGGAUAUCGAUCGAGACUCGGGACAGACGGUCCACGACAUCCUGAUCAAAGCUGAAGAUCCGGGAGGCCUGAGCGCUCAAACCUACGUGCACAUUGAGGUAGCAGACCUGAAUGAUAACACUCCAGUGUUUGACCCUGACAAGUACACCAUGAGCAUCAGCAGCCACACGCAGCCCAGCACAGAAAUUCUCAACGUCAUCGCAACUGACCAAGACUCUGGACGCUUUGGACACGUCACCUACAGCAUCCUACCUGGUGACAUGUCCAGUUUGUUUGCACUGGAUAAACACACAGGAAUGCUCUACCUGACCUCCUCUCUGACCCACCUGGGUGCAGCCAGUGUGAAGCUCUCAAUAACAGCCCAGGAUGGCGAGGGUUUGACCUCUGUCCAGCCUGCAGAGGUCACCAUCAACGUUUUACGCAGCACUCAGGCUCCAGCUAUGUUCCAGAGGUCACGUUACUCCUUCACGGUGUCUGAGGACGCUCCGCCAUGGACCUCUGUGGGGGCCGUGGAGGCUGUAAACCCAGCAGACUCCAUGGACUCAGUGUCGUACAGAAUCUCCUCCGGAGACCCUCAGGGUUUGUUUUUUGUCCAUCCAAAGUCCGGCCUGAUCAGCAACAUCAAACCUCUGGACCACGAGUCUCAGCCGUACGUCCUGCUGGUUCUUCAGUCCUACACUGACUCCUCUCCAGUUUACAGCACCACGCAGGUCAACAUAACUAUCACUGACAUCAAUGACAACGCUCCUGUGUUCCCCGAAGUCAGAGACACCAUCACGUUGUCUCAAAACACACUCCCAGGGACCGUGCUGUUCAUCGCUCAUGCACACGACGACGACAGCGGAGCAAACGGGAGGGUGCAGUAUUACCUGAGAAGCAGCAGAAAUGGUUUGUUCGACAUUGAUAGAAACCUGGGCACAGUGACACUAAAUCAGCGUUUACAGGUGGAUCAUCAGCAGAGCUAUAGCCUUGAAAUCCUGGCUAAAGAUGAAGGAGAACCUUCUCUCAGCUCCACACUGACCCUCACUGUCAAUGUUGACCGCACUGCAAAUGAACACAACCUCGCCUUUGAGACGUUGGUCUAUCAGGUGGAGAUCGGUGAGGGCUACAGGAAACAUUCCAGGGUCAUCCAGGUGAGGGCCCAUAAGAGCCGGGGGGCUCAUAUGCCAAACUCAGGAAUCACGUAUUCCAUGGAGGGAGACGCCGGAUUUCCUCCUGCUCCGUUUCGGGUUCACCCAAAGACUGGGUGGCUGUAUCUCUCUGAAAGCCUCGAUUACGAGACAGAAUCUGUGUUUCGCUUUCGAGUGUUGGCGACAUCCAGGGAGGCGUCGCUGGCAAACAUGACAGCGACAGCCACGGUGACAGUGCUGGUGCUGGACGUCAACGACAACGCCCCCGUUUUCAGCAGGGAGGUGUACUACUUCACAGUGUCAGAGGGGGCGUCGCCUGAAGGCCUGGUGGGAACAGUGAAAGCUGUGGACAAAGAUUCUGGGAAAAAUGCACAAUUAUCCUUCCUACUGCUCUCAGAUGGGAAGUUCUUUCGAAUCAAUGCAAAAACAGGUGAGAUCAUAAACUGGGUGGCUCUAGACCGGGAGCAGCACGGCCAGCACAGUCUGAAGGUGAUGGUGACAGAUCAGGGACACCCUCGUCUCAACGCCACUGCCUCCGUUCACAUCCUGGUCACCGACAUCAAUGACAACGCUCCUCAGUUUACGCACCUGCCUGCCAGCAAGGAGCUCAACGUUCAGAUAUGGGCAGGUCUACCUGCAGGAUCCUUGGUGACAAACAUGUUUGCCAAAGACUUUGAUGCAGGAGAAAAUGGAAGCGUCACCUUCUCGCUGCACACAGUUGGUUUAGAGGAUGAAGGUGUUGGACACUUUGAGAUCGACAGUGAAAAUGGAGACAUCAGGACAACAGAAGGUUUCACACACGGAGCUGAAACCUACUACACUCUGAAAAUAACUGCCAGGGACGGCGGAGUCCCACCUCAAGAAGACACUGCAGUCAUCCAUGUACAGGUUCAGGGAUUGGAGGCUCUGUAUGGCCUUUCAGAACACCAAAUUGUGAGGCGUUUAACUGUGAAAGAGGACACUGAGCCGGGGACUGUUGUCGGCUCUGCCAGCGUUUCAGAUAAAGGCAGACUCCAGUAUUCCAUAUCUGAGGGUGAUGGGAGCAUUCACUUUGGUAUUGACAGCACCACUGGUGACAUUUACAUCAACCAGCCGCUGGACUACGAGUCAGCAGGGCAGUACUUCCUCCUGGUUCAAGCUGAAGACAUGACACUGGCUCCUGGAGUGAACGUGUCUGUGCUGGUGAAUGUGAUAGUGGAGGACGUGAACGACCACACACCAUGGUUCCCCGACAAGCUGGUGUCAUUCGGUCUGUUAGAGGACGCUGCGGUCGGAUCGCUGGCAUUUGCUUUUCAUGCCAGGGACUCCGACGGGACAUAUCCUAACAGCGCUCUCCGCUACUCCCUAGACCUUGACUCUGAAUUCAGCCACUCCUCAUCACGCUUCCCCUUUCAGAUCAACCCAUAUACUGGGAGUCUGACUGUGACAAUACCUUUAGAUCGAGAGACCACCCCCAGCUACACCUUCACUGUGAAGGCCACAGACCAGGCAAAGAGGAAGGAGGAGCGUAAGCAGACGUCAGUGACGGCUCAGGUCUUUCUGCUGGAUGUGAACGAUAACCGGCCGGUGUUUGUGUCAGUGAACACAGUGCAGGUGAUGGAGGACGCAGAGGUGGGGAGUCUGCUGCAUCAUUUUGUGGCCAUAGAUGGAGAUCAAGGGGAGAACGGGGUCACCUCCUAUGUCAUCUUGGCUGGAAACAAGAAAGGAUUCUUCACACUAGAAGAGAAAACUGGCCUGCUGUUUCUUUCUUCUCCCCUGGAUUAUGAAACCCAAGGUCUCCACCAUCUGACUGUGCGUGCAGUGGACCAUGGCCUGCCCGUCCUCUCCUCCACCCAGACUUUGACGGUGGAGGUCUUGGACGUGAACGACCAGACCCCGGUCUUUAGUCAAAGUGUCUACAAUGCCAGCGUGGCUGAGAACAGAGACCCUGGGGAACCAGUGACCAGAGUCUCAGCUACUGAUGAUGAUUCAGAGGAGAAUGCUGUGGUGUGGUACAGUUUGCUGCCCGGCCCCGGGUACGAGCUGUUCAGCAUCAACCCAUACACCGGUCUGAUCACCACCACUUCCUACCUGGACCGAGAGCUGCAGCAACAAUUCACCCUCAGAGUCCAGGCUCGUGACAGCAGCACACGGCCUCUGUCGGGUACGGCCACAGUGCUGUGCUCUGUGCUGGAUGACAAUGACAACCCUCCAGAGUUCAUGCAGUCAUCCUUCCAGAUCAGCCUGCCGGAGAACCUGCCCCCCGGGGUCAUCCACACCGCUCAGGCCUCUGAUCCAGACCACGGAGAAAAUGGAACCAUUCAUUACUCCAUAAUAGGAGCAGAUUACAGAGGUCGCUUCACCAUCAACAGCCACACAGGAGCUGUCAGCACCACACAACUACUUGACCGAGAGGAGAGGCAAAAUUACACACUCACAAUCCAGGCCCGCGACUACGGCCCUAAACCACUCAGCUCCUCCACCCAACUCCAGCUGCUGCUGCUCGACCAGAACGACAACAUCCCCUCCUUCACCCUCAAAAGCUACCACGCCUCCAUCAGCGAGGGCCUCCCUGCGGGAGCAGAGGUGCUGCAGGUUAACGCCUUCGAUCCAGAUGAGGGCUCCAAUGGGGACAUAACGUAUUCUUUGACGGAGGACAACAGCCAGGGUGCCUUCUCCAUAGAUCCUCUAACAGGGUUGAUCUGCACCACCAGGUCUCUGGACCGGGAGAUCAGGGCAUCGUACACCCUCAGAGCUGUGGCUACUGACGGCUGCACCCAAGGGCCACUGAGCUCUAUGGCAACAUUGACAAUACAGGUCGAAGACGUGAAUGACAAUGUGCCAAUCUGUGAUGAAAAUCCGAUCAGUGCAUGGGUUUCUAUGAGGACUCUACCUAAUGAGAUACUUACCACAGUGACAGGAACUGACAGUGACCAGGGUGAUAAUGGGACAAUUCGGUUUACGUUGUCAGAUGAGGAGAAUCUAUUUGACAUCAACAGCGAGUCAGGAGAGAUCUCACUGAGGAGACGAAUCAGAGCAGGAUUCUCCGGGGGGAAGCUGCAAAUUCUGCUUUCAGACAGAGGACAACCUGCUUUGACCUCCACAUGCCUGUUUUUCAUCCACCUGAAGGGAGAACACGAAGGACUGCAGUUCACAAACAAAGUCUACAAUGCUACUAUCAAGGAGAACAGCAGAGCCGGCACUUGGAUAACUAAAGUGGAGGCCAGUGAUCAAAAAAACAGCAGACAGAGGAUUACAUACUCUAUAUUUAGCGGCAACGAAAAUCUAAUUUUCUCCAUCAGCCGUCACACUGGUGAGAUCCGUGUGCAGAAAGAUAACUCCCUGGACUUUGAAGUGAGCCCUCAAAUCCAGCUGGUGGUGCUGGCUGACAACGGGCUGCAGACGGCUCACUGCAGAGUCUCCAUCAGUCUGCUGGAUGUGAAUGACAACGCACCAGUCUUUGAACACAGCAGCUACAGAACAGCUGUCUGGGAGGGGCAGGUGCAAAACACCUACAUCAUGCAGGUAUUUGCAUCUGAUGGUGACAGCGGGAGGAACGGGCAGAUUGAGUACUCCAUCGUGAAUGGAAACAUAAAUGGAGCAUUCAUCUUAGACUCUGUUCGUGGGAUUCUUGCUACCAGUGUCUUACUGGACCGUGAGAUCAUCCCCUCAUACAAGCUGGUUCUGCAGGCAACAGACAGGGGAAACCCACCACUCAGCAGCUCCACAACAAUCAGAGUCCAAGUGGUGGAUAUUAAUGACAACAGCCCUGCCAUCCCCCCCAUGAAGCCUGUGCUUAUAGAAGAGAAUCUUCCGGCAGGUUACAUGGUCACCCAGGUGACUGCAAAUGACGUGGACCUGAGCUCCACCAUCACCUACAGCUUUUCAGACAACAGUAGCACCAAUGUUCCCUUUGCCAUUGAUCGAUACACUGGCGUGGUUACCCUGACUCGAGCUCUGGACUAUGAGGAACAGAUAGAGUACACAAUGACAGUGUGGGCCUCUGACUCCCUCCACCAGACCACCGGAGAGCUAAAGGUUCAAGUGCUUGACGUCAACGACAACACACCAGUCUUCACCAAGGUCUCCUACCAGGUGGAGAUGUCAGAGUUGGUCUCAGCAGACACAUUUGUUUUGUCAGUGUCUGCCACCGACAGAGACUCUGGACUCAAUGGCAAGAUCACCUAUAGACUGCUGUCAUCUCCUUUACAGGGCUUCUACAUCCAGCCAGACAAUGGGUCUGUUUUCACCAAUAAACCUUUGAAGGCCAUUACAAACAAUAAUCAGAUCCAUCUUCUGGUUGAGGCUAAAGACGAAGGGGAGCCUGUGCAGUCUGCGGUUACCUCCAUAGAUCUGCACAUUACAGACACAAAUGACCACGCACCAUUGUUCCGUCAAGAUGUCUACACAAUCACAGUUCCAGAGGACACACCUACUGACACCACAUUACUGACCCUGUCUGCAGAGGACCAAGACUGGAGCCCUGAAAAUACCCAUUUGGACUACACUAUUGUCAGGGGUAACGAGGAGAAGCGAUUCUGUCUGGAAGUAAAAAUGGCUCAGGUAGAGAAUCUCAUGAGGAAUGUGGGAAAGGUUGUUCUCUGUAACCCUUUGGAUCAUGAGAUGACAGAGAGCUAUUCACUAACAGUUAGUGUAGCUGAUCGAGGAACACCUCCACUGAACAGCUCUGCUGUUGUUAUGGUGACUGUUUCGGACUGCAAUGACAAUGCCCCCAUCUUUGUCAGCACAGAAUACCAUACCCAGGUGAGUGAAAACAGCCAUGUCGGUACCAGGCUGGUUCAGGUAAGUGCUCAGGAUCCAGACCUGGGAAUAAACGGACUGUUGCGGUAUGAAAUUAUCUCAGGGAACAGCAAAGGUCACCUAAGGGUCGACCCUCAGUCUGGCCUUCUGGUGGUCAACCACACUCUUGACUAUGAAGAAGACUCAAAAUACACCCUCACCAUCCGAGCAUCUGAUGGUGGUGAAUCCUCUGAGGAACGUAAAGUGGCUUUUACAGUGGUCUUUAUCACAGUUUUGGAUGAAAAUGACAACAGUCCAUACUUCAUGUUCCCUAGUGUUAACUGUUCUGUGCUGGAGAACCUCCCAGCAUUUACCCACACCUGUUCUGUCCAUGCUGUUGACAAUGACUUGGGUUCCUACGGACAACUCACCUACUCUAUUUUGUCCUCCUGCUUCAUGGACUAUGGCAGUGGUAGUCCAGAAAGGAAGGAGGCCUUUGCCAUUGAUUCCCUAACUGGGGACAUUCACACCAGACAGACCUUUGAUUAUGAACGAGAGAGUGAGUACUGUUUUGUAGUGGAGGCCAGGGACAAAGGCGAUAAAGCAGCUACAGUGAGAGUACAUGUGAGCAUCAAGGGAGUAGAUGAGUUCAGUCCAGUCUUUACUCAAAAUCAGUACCAUUUCCUCCUACCAGAGAAUGCUAAGCCUGGAGAAACAGUCGGUUAUGUGAUGGCAAUGGACCACGAUGGUGGGGUUGAUGGGCUGGUGGAGUACUCCCUUGUCAAAGCAUCACAGUUUUUCUCAAUAAACAAAACAAUUGGUGCCAUCUUUGUGUCAGGCCCUGUGGAUCGCAGACAAGGCAGUUAUGCUAAUGAGGACAUGGUGAAGCUGGUUGUGUCUGCAAGUAGCCCCAGACUGGCCUCCAAGACUACCUACUGUCUGGUUUUUGUCAAUGUCUCAAGCUCAGCAGUGGCACUUACUGGGAUGCCUCUUGAUGUGCACAUGCUCAGUUUGAGUGUCUCACUUAUAAUGUUCCUUCUCAUCCUUCUUAUAUUUGUGUGCCUGGUUCUAAGGUACAAGCUAAAGGAAGCGGCAGUCAAAAAAGCCACUGCCAUUGCUGCAAACUUAAACCAUGGCACAGGCUCGUUCUGUGGAUCAAAUAGUGGAACGCAAAGUCCGAUCUCUCUGCCAGAGAUGAAACGGCCCAGCAUCUUGGUGUCCAAUAGAGACGUUUCAAAUCAAUACAUUCAGUCUGACUCCAGCGGCCGUGGAUCGGCAGAAGGUGAGACAGCUGAGGACCAGGAGAUAAAGUGGAUUAAUGCUUACCCCUGCUGUAAAAGAGAUGAGUCUUUAGAAGGGAACCAGAUCAUGAAGAUACAAAACUCAGCUGCAUCAGCUGUGGACAAUAUCUCUUGCCACUCUAUUGAUGUAGGACCAGAGCAUAUUUUAUCACUCAAUAAAUGUUUAGUAUCGGGGAUGGCCAGCACAGAAAGCCUCCACCACUUCAAAGAAGAGGGAGGAGGUGAGGGACUUCUUCCAGCUAUACUGCGAGAGAGGGACAUACAGGAGUGCUUGAGAAUGAGUGGGUACGCACCCCUCUCAGGUGCCCAAGCCUCUGCAGAUUCUCUUUCAUCGCUGUUUUGUCUUGAGGAGCAGUUUCAAGGAAGCUACAACUGGGACAAUGUUUUGGACUGGGAGCCACGCUUUCAGACUCUGGCCUCAGUCUUUGACGAUAUCGGGAUGCUCCCUGAUGAGGAGCUUCAAGGGGGACGAGAGGAGUUAGCAGGGGAGACAAGCUAUCUCAUGUACCCACCCCCUCUCAUAACGGGAGUGGUUCAGCCUGGCAUUAGAACUGUACCGCCUCGAAAGCCAGUGCAUGUGCCACACCUGAGAAGGAAGCCAUCGUACCGCAAAUGUGUAUAUUCACCGUUAGCAAGGAACACAGGACUUACCCCUUCAGUGAUGACCCCUACUUUCUCCCCAUCACUUUCUUCUCUUACAGUUAGGACCCCCAGUGCCUCACCUGUUGUCUCUGAGACUGGGAUAGGGGGUAUCAGACUUGACUCAGGGCCUAUUACUGCAAGCCUGUUGGAGGCAGAAAUCCAGGUGUAGAUAUGCACUUAAUCCAAAUGUUUGUGUGACAUUCAAUUCCAUUAAACAUCAUCAUACAGGAAAACAAUGUGCCACGUUUUAAGGGACGUGAUGGGACGUUUGAUGACAUUCUAGUUCAUAUAUAACAAAAAUCAAUGCUACAUAUAUAUUACUGUUUCUAAAGAACUGUGAAGUACUGGGCUUUUUUAUUUUACUCAUAGGUUUUAUGAGUUUAGUGUCAAGGGGGAGAUACACGGCAAAGUUGCCAUUUGAACAUGAUGUAGCCAUUUCAUACCAAGAUUUGAAUUGUUUCUUAACUCACUUAUCUAAUAAAACUAAUAUCUGGAAAAUCCUAAA